UAAUGAAGAAGAGGAGGGAGGAAUACAAGGAGAGGAGGAGGAAGGAGAAAGGAUGCAGGAAGAGGAAGAGGGAGGAGUGGAGGGGGAGGAGGAAGAGAAGGAAGGAAAACGCAGCUUUAGGAAGAGGAAGAUAAGAAGAAGGAGCAGUGAGGAAGAGCAUGAGGAGGAAGAGGAGGAGAAGUCAUAUCAGGACAAGACCAAAAGAAAGAAAGUAAAGAAGAAAGAGGAGGAGAGCGAUGAGGACUGGAUGCCUGAGGACGGAAUGUUGCCUGAGUUGGACCGCCCCUCCUCCUGCUCCGAGGAGUACGAGGAUGAUGAUGAUGAUGAUGAUGACGAUGAAGAGGAACAACAUGAGCUGUGCAGCGACUGCGGCAAAAUGUUCCGGAGUCGACCAAACAAACUGCAUGUCUGCCUCCACAAAACCAAAUCAACAAUGUGCCAAAUAUGCGGCAAAGCAGUGCUGAACGCACGGGGUCUCCGCCUACACAUCGCCCACUUCCAUCACAAACGUCCGCAGUGCAAAUUCUGCUUCAAGCAGUUCAGGUACGUUCAGGAGAAGUUUGAUCAUGAAGAGACUCAUCAGGGAGAGAAACUGAAGUUCUACUGCUCAGAAUGCCCCGAGCGAUUCCGUACCCGCGAGAGUCGAAGUGCUCACAGGAAAACGCACUGGUCAAAUGGCAGGUACACUUGUGAGGUCUGCGAUAAGGUAUUUAAGGUCAUAAAUCAUCUAAAAAGGCACAAGCUGGUUCACUCUGGAAAGAAGCCGUUUGUGUGCAAAGUGUGUGGUCGUUCGUUCAACCAAGACGGCCACCUGAAGUCACACAUGCGCAUGCACACGGGGGAGAGACCCUUUAAGUGCCCGCAGUGUGAGAGGAGCUUCAACCACAACGUCAGCCUCAAGAACCACCUCCAGCGACACCACGGAGCCAAGACUGGCCCAGCUCAACAGGACCAACAGGAGGCUUCCGGAACGCAGCAGGAGGGUUCUAGAACUGACCAAAGUUCCAGAACAUCGGAGCAGGCUUUGUUGAGUAGGCCUGAGGAAGGCCCCAGUCAGAACUCGUUAUAACAUGUUCUAGAACUGACCAAAUUUCCGAAACUUCGGAGUAGACUUUGCAGAACAGAAUUGAGGAAGACACUAGUCAUAACUCCCAUGGCAUGUUCUAGAAGUCUUAGGUAAAUAUUCUGGAUUGUUCUGACCAAAGUUCCGGAACACCUGAAUAGACUUUGCAGAGCAGGCCUGAGAGAAGCCAAGAGGUUAGGUAGCCAGUAGCAUGUUCUAGAACUAACAGAACUGAAGAAUGUUGAAGAAGUUCUGUGAAAAUCUGUCGAAUGUCCUCGAACAUCUAAACAAAUGUUGAACUUUGAGAUUUAAGAAUUUUACAAUAUCAAUGUUUCAUGAGAAGCCACAAAAGGGCUUAUAGUGUUCAGGAGACCCAGCUGAUAAUACAACACAAUAGAAUAAUGUUCAAGAGACUGGUCAUACAAUGCAAGGCAAUGUUACUCAGGUGCUCAUCUGUACCGGGUGAAGUCAAAAUCCUAACAAAGACUAGAGGCGCUCUGAGAUUUGAAAUAAAAAAAUACUAAAAGGCCUGUAAUAUAACACUGUAAACCUGUUUUAAAACAUGGGAUUACUAUACACAUUGUGGCCAUAUUGGCCUUCAUCAGGGCAGGCUCUGCACUGUCCUUCUUUUGUGGAUUAAUAUGUUCAUGUUUUGACCCUUUCAGUGGGUUUUAGAGUAUACAGAACAUUACCUUGAAAUCCACUGACUCAAGCAGACCAGGUGAUUGUUCUUAAUGGUUUGUUUGUGUGCGUGUGUGUGUGUGUGUGUGUGUGUGUGUGUGUGUGUGUGUGUGUGUGUGUGUGUGUGUGUGUGUGUGUGUGUGUGUGUGUGUGUGUGUGUGUGUUUUACCAGUUUCGAAUAGAAAAAAAAGUACCUACCUCAGAAAUGUUAUUGUUCUCUGCCAUUUUGUGUCUUAUUCUUGACAUGUUUUUUUUUUUUUUUUUAAACUCUCAUUACAUAUGUUGUAUCUCCCCAGAAUACAUAGUUACUAUAUGGAUAUAUAGCAGGCCUGUCUGUCAUGGAAAACCACCUCAUUUUCUAUUAAAGGUCUUAUUCUUGACAUA